AUGGUGUAUGAGCGGCUCACCAUUUGUCGCGUCAAGAUCGGAAUCAAUCUCAAGGAGAAUGCUUGCGAUGGCAGACCCGAGAUUAUCAUCUACAGUGAGACAGCGCCAACGGCGAUCCUGGCAAUUUGUCGUCAAGUGCACCAAGAAGCGAGUCCGUACCUGGAGGAACUGAAGGCCGAGAUCAUGGAAUACAAGCCUCACGUUGAUGUCCACUGGGAAUACCCAGAGUUCCUGAAUUCCCUCCGUGACAUCGUGCAUCCUUCAGGUCCGACGAUCCCGAACAAUAUCGUUCGACAGCGGGUUAACGAAUACUUUCCAUUCAUUGAUUCUGCCUCUCGCCGUGCAGUCGUUCAAUUAAUCGAACGUAUCAGCAAUUUCCGUACGGUAACGGUCGGUCGUCCUGUGCCCUUCUCAAUGCGGGUGGUGCAUAUCACGGGCAACGCAUUCAAGGUGCACAGUGUGAGCAGAUCUACACAUAUUGCCUUCUACCGUUUGAUACUUGAUCUUGAGUGGAACCAGAAACGCGAGCGGAAGUUGUACCUCGGUCUGGACGCCCCAGGAGUCGCAAAACACGCACGCACACCUCACAGCAUCACCUUCCUGCGUGAAGGGGCUAUGGAUACCAUGGAUAUUGAUGAUGUGCUCGAUGAGACCACAGAGUUACGGGAUAUGUUUGAAUUGCGCACCGGCAACGGAAGCGGAGCGGACUGA